CCGGGAGCGGGGAGGGGAGCGGAUCCCGCCGGGAGCGGUACCGGGAGCGGCACCGGGAGCGGAUCCCGCCGGGAGCGGUACCGGGAGCGGGGCGGGACCCGGAUCCCGCCGCUCUGGCCGCCCUGGGAUGAUCCCGUGCCAGGGGGAUGGACAGGAGUACCUUGCCAGCAGUGGCACAAGAGCUCUUGAGAGAGAUCAAAAAGGCUUUCCAGGAGACCUCACGGGUCCCUGAUGACCUGCUGCUGGGACUGAAGUUCAUUUUUGGCCCAUCUGCAGUCCCAGCUCUGGAUCUGGUGGAUCAGCGUUCUGUCACCCAGGUCAGGUCCCCCAGUGGAAGGACUCUCUACCAGGUCCUUGGAAGCUCAGGCAAACUCUACACCUGCUACAGCUCCUGCCACUUCUGCACGUGCCCUGCCUUUGAGUUUUCUGUGUUGCAGAAGAGUGAGAGCCUUCUGUGCAAACACAUCCUGGCUGUCUACCUCAGCCAGGCCAUGGGAGCCUGCCAGGAACUGGCUGUAUCUGAGGAGCAGCUCACAAACAUCCUCCUGGCUGAGGAAGAGGAUGAAGGAUGAAGGAUUUGGAUCACUCCUGGCUGUGUAGCUGGCGUUUUUAAUAUCUACAGGGCUGUCAAAUGCUCAUUGUGGUUAGUAGAUUUCUUCCUGUGCUGCAGCAAAGCAUGAUGUUAAUUACCAGCCUGGUACUGAUAAAUUAAUUAGGCCUGUGUUGA